UUUAUAAUUACAGUUUAUAGGUUCAGUCUGUACUCACAGUGUGUUUCAAAUACAAUUUGACAACUCUACAUCUGACAUUAACAGAUAACGUUUGAACUGACAGUAUCAGAUCCAAAACACCAGAUACCAUGUCUUCAGAACUGAGAGAAGUGCUUGUGGAGGUUUAUGUCAAUGGCGUCUUCUACUGCACUGAUAGUUUCUGGGCAUCAGAUGACAAAGAUGUGGAUUCAGAGAUCACCAGUGCCAUCUAUGACCAUUUCAGUUGCUAUAAACGAGAAAACAUACAUGUGCAGCUGGAAGAAGUCUCCUGUGAGGAGAAAGAUGUGCAGCUGGAAGCUGACAUCAACGAUGCUAUCUCAGAGUCUGUAUUGCUGGUGUUUGAAGAACUGACCGAUCCACUGGGGCCUUCCACAAAAGUGGAGGGAAGCAUCAGUGAGACUGAUCAGGAAGGCAUGGAUGUUUCUCCUGAAACUUCUGAGGAGAACAUCCCAACAGAAUUUGCCAAAGUGAGAAAGACAAUGAGUGAGUUCUUCCGAACUGGGAUCUCAUCACAGUCUAAGACUGAUCCGGCUGUUUCCGAGUCGCUGUGUGAGGAGGCAGGAAGGAGCAGUGAGAUCGGUCAGGGAGACAUGGAUGCUUCAUCUGAAGUCUCUGAGGAGGACAUCCCAAUAGACUUUGCCAAAGUGAGGAGGACCAUUAGUGAGUUCUUCCGGACUGGGAACUCAGCAAAGCCCAAAACUGAUCUGGCUGUUUCCGAGGUCCUGUGUAAAGGUGUAGGAAGCAGCAGUGAGAUCGGUCAGGGUGGCAUGGUUGCUUCUUUUGAUAUCUGUCACGAGGACAUCGCAAUAGAAUAUGCCAAAGUGAGGAAGACAAUUAGUGCGUUCUUCCAAAAGCGUUUUGAGAUCUCAGAACAGCCAGAUCCAGAUGUUUCAGAGUCACUUUGUGUCCCAGAUGCAAGUGUUCUUGGACCAAAAUCUGAACCUUUGUCCUCAACAUCUGAGCUUAUGGAACCUGGACUGGAUCCUGAGGAAUGGUCUAUCCUGAACAGUUCUGGACCGGAACCUGCAUCCCCAGAAUGUUUGGUGGUUGACAUCAGUGAUGCCACCUCAGAGCCGAGGAGCCAAAUGAUGGUGUCUGAAGACCUGACCGAUCCAGAAGGGCCUUCAGCGGAAGUGUUAGGGAGCAGCAGUGGGAACGAUCAGGGAGACACUGCUGUUUCUCCUGAAACCCCUGAGGAGGACAUCCCAACAGAAUAUGUCAAAGUGAGGAAGAUCAAUAAAAUGAGUAUGUUCUUCAAAAAGCUUUUUGGGAUCUCAGCACAGCCUCAGAAGGAUCCAGCUGUUCCAGAGCCUCCGUGUAUCCCAGAAGCAAGCGCUCCCGAGCAAGAACCUCUUGUGACAGAGCUUUCAGUCUUAGAGAAUUAUAUUCCUCAAAAUAUUUCUCAGCUGAAAAAACGUUUGGAGGAACAUACACCAUCUGAGACACCUGUCACUGAGGUCUGGCCCAACAUCUUCUUGGGAAAUGAAGAGACCGCAAGAGACCGAACCAAACUCAAAGAGAUGGGUAUUACCCACAUCUUAAACGCAGCAGCAGUGAAGAAGAAGUUGAGGGUCUUGAUGGGAAUGCCAAAAGCGAAAGACCUGAAUGGAAAGAUUAAUACAGGGAAGAAAUAUUACAGAGGCAUGAACAUAAAAUAUCGUGGCUUGCCUACAACACACAGAGAUGGCUUGAACAUGGGCAGGUACUUUUUACCAGCUGCCAAAUUCAUCCACAAGGCCCUGAGGAACCCAGACAAUAAGGUGUUCAUUCACUGCAGUGAUGGUGUCAGCCACUCACCUACACUUUUGCUGGCAUAUCUGGUGAUCCAUCAUGACAUGAUGGUGGAGGAAGCCAUCGAUCAGGUUAUAAAGGUGCGACACAUCAAGCCCUCCAUGAGCUUCCUGACGCAGCUGAUGUCCCUCAAUGCUGAACUUGUGGAGCAGCGAAAACAACCAGGCAGCAAAGUGCUACUAAAAACAUAUAUCAGAUCCAAAACACCAGAUACCAUGUCUUCAGAACUGAGAGAAGUGCUUGUGGAGGUUUAUGUCAAUGGCGUCUUCUACUGCACUGAUAGUUUCUGGGCAUCAGAUGACAAAGAUGUGGAUUCAGAGAUCACCAGUGCCAUCUAUGACCAUUUCAGUUGCUAUAAACGAGAAAACAUACAUGUGCAGCUGGAAGAAGUCUCCUGUGAGGAGAAAGAUGUGCAGCUGGAAGCAUACAUCAACGAUGCUAUCUCAGAGUCUGUAUUGCUGGUGUUUGAAGAACUGACCGAUCCACUGGGGCCUUCCACAAAAGUGGAGGGAAGCAUCAGUGAGACUGAUCAGGAAGGCAUGGAUGUUUCUCCUGAAACUUCUGAGGAGAACAUCCCAACAGAAUUUGCCAAAGUGAGAAAGACAAUGAGUGAGUUCUUCCGAACUGGGAUCUCAUCACAGUCUAAGACUGAUCCGGCUGUUUCCGAGUCACUGUGUGAGGAGGCAGGAAGGAGCAGUGAGAUCGGUCAGGGAGACAUGGAUGCUUCAUCUGAAGUCUCUGAGGAGGACAUCCCAAUAGACUUUGCCAAAGUGAGGAGGACCAUUAGUGAGUUCUUCCGGACUGGGAACUCAGCAAAGCCCAAAACUGAUCUGGCUGUUUCCGAGGUCCUGUGUAAAGGUGUAGGAAGCAGCAGUGAGAUCGGUCAGGGUGGCAUGGUUGCUUCUUUUGAUAUCUGUCACGAGGACAUCGCAAUAGAAUAUGCCAAAGUGAGGAAGACAAUUAGUGCGUUCUUCCAAAAGCGUUUUGAGAUCUCAGAACAGCCAGAUCCAGAUGUUUCAGAGUCACUUUGUGUCCCAGAUGCAAGUGUUCUUGGACCAAAAUCUGAACCUUUGUCCUCAACAUCUGAGCUUAUGGAACCUGGACUGGAUCCUGAGGAAUGGUCUAUCCUGAACAGUUCUGGACCGGAACCUGCAUCCCCAGAAUGUUUGGUGGUUGACAUCAGUGAUGCCACCUCAGAGCCGAGGAGCCAAAUGAUGGUGUCUGAAGACCUGACCGAUCCAGAAGGGCCUUCAGCGGAAGUGUUAGGGAGCAGCAGUGGGAACGAUCAGGGAGACACUGCUGUUUCUCCUGAAACCCCUGAGGAGGACAUCCCAACAGAAUAUGUCAAAGUGAGGAAGAUCAAUAAAAUGAGUAUGUUCUUCAAAAAGCUUUUUGGGAUCUCAGCACAGCCUCAGAAGGAUCCAGCUGUUCCAGAGCCUCCGUGUAUCCCAGAAGCAAGCGCUCCCGAGCAAGAACCUCUUGUGACAGAGCUUUCAGUCUUAGAGAAUUAUAUUCCUCAAAAUAUUUCUCAGCUGAAAAAACGUUUGGAGGAACAUACACCAUCUGAGACACCUGUCACUGAGGUCUGGCCCAACAUCUUCUUGGGAAAUGAAGAGACCGCAAGAGACCGAACCAAACUCAAAGAGAUGGGUAUUACCCACAUCUUAAACGCAGCAGCAGUGAAGAAGAAGUUGAGGGUCUUGAUGGGAAUGCCAAAAGCGAAAGACCUGAAUGGAAAGAUUAAUACAGGGAAGAAAUAUUACAGAGGCAUGAACAUAAAAUAUCGUGGCUUGCCUACAACACACAGAGAUGGCUUGAACAUGGGCAGGUACUUUUUACCAGCUGCCAAAUUCAUCCACAAGGCCCUGAGGAACCCAGACAAUAAGGUGUUCAUUCACUGCAGUGAUGGUGUCAGCCACUCACCUACACUUUUGCUGGCAUAUCUGGUGAUCCAUCAUGACAUGAUGGUGGAGGAAGCCAUCGAUCAGGUUAUAAAGGUGCGACACAUCAAGCCCUCCAUGAGCUUCCUGACGCAGCUGAUGUCCCUCAAUGCUGAACUUGUGGAGCAGCGAAAACAACCAGGCAGCAAAGUGCUACUAAAAACAUAGCACAGACUAUUUAAUAAUUACUAAUACUUAGACUAUUUGCACAUGAAUUUGAAUACAAUUUUGUGAAUAAUUGUU